GCUGACCAGGAAGUGGCUGCUGAACACAGACAGUGCAGGGAAUGACCUCAGAAAACUCUCCCCUUCUUCAUUACCGCCUCUUCAGUGUAUCCGAUGGCACUCUGGGGCCUGCAGACUCCGCCCUAUGCGGCACAGAUACUGUUACCGAAGGUCCUGCACCACGCAAACUUUCCACCUUUUUUGGUGUUGUGGUGCCCACUGUUCUGUCCAUGUUCAGCAUUGUUUUAUUCAUGAGGAUCGGUUUCGUUGUGGGACAUGCGGGUCUCCUGCAGUCUCUUCUCAUGCUAUUUGUGGCCUACGCAAUCAUCUGGCUGACUGUGCUCAGUGUCUGUGCCAUCUCUACUAAUGGAGCUGUCCAGGGUGGCGGAGCGUACUUUAUGAUCUCACGAACACUAGGUCCUGAGUUUGGAGGUAGCAUUGGUCUCAUGUUCUAUCUGGCCAAUGUAUGUGCAUGUGGAGUCUAUGUUCUGGGACUGGUGGAGGCCGUGCUUGACAUCUUUGGGAAAGACACGUCGGGCAUUUCAGACCCUUUGCGCGCUCUCCCCCAAGGGUACGGCUAUAACUUUCUCUAUGCUAGCGUGGUCCUCCUCCUUUGUUUGUCGGUUUGCCUGGUUGGAGCCUCCAUUUAUUCGCAAGCGUCAUUCUUCAUCUUUAUUGUGGUCUUGUUAGUCCUUUUAUCAAUCUUACUUAGUUUUGUGGCUGUAGGGCCGCUCCAUGUGACCAUUCGACAUGGAGAUAACACAACUAUAAUCGGAGAAUAUACUGGAAUCAACAGCACCACACUACAUAACAAUCUACAUGCCGAUUAUUCCUUGGACUACACCACCGGUAAUCUCAUGAAUUUUGCUACAGUGUUUGCGGUUAUGUUUAAUGGUUGCACCGGCAUCAUGGCAGGAUGUAACAUGUCUGGGGAACUUAAGCAGCCCAGCCGAGCUAUUCCCAUUGGCACCAUAAUCGCUGUGAUCAUUACAUUUUUUGUCUAUUUAAUUCUCUUCCUCAUGACUUCACUGACUUGUAACCGGACACUGCUGAAAGAGGAUUACGGAUUUUUUCGGUCUAUUAACAUCUGGUCUCCUUUCGUACUGAUCGGGGUGUACGCCACUUCCCUGUCUGCUUCCAUGAGCACCCUCAUCGGGGCGUCUCGCAUUCUCCACGCUCUGGCCAAGGACGACUUGUUUGGAAUAUUGCUGUCUCCAGCUAAACUUGUGUCCAAAGGAGGAAACCCCUGGGGAGCCGUGGUGUACACCUGGUUUUUGGUACAGCUUGUUCUCUUAGCAGGGAAACUUAACACAAUAGCUGGUAUCGUCACCGUAUUCUACCUCAUGGCAUACGCUGCUAUAGAUCUGGCAUGUCUGGCACUAGAAUGGGCAUCGGCACCGAACUUCCGACCCACAUUUCGACUUUUCUCCUGGCAUUCCUGUUUGCUGGGGAUACUGAGUUGUCUGGUGAUGAUGUUUCUCAUUAACCCUGCCUAUGCCUCAGGAAGUAUAGUCCUCCUCCUGCUCCUGCUGGGCUCCAUCCAUUUCCGGAGCAGUAGCAGCGGUUGGGGAUAUAUCAGCCAAGCCUUGAUCUUCCACCAGGUCAGGAAGUAUCUGCUCCUCCUGGAUGUGAGGAAGGAGCACGUGAAAUUCUGGCGGCCCCAGAUUCUGCUGAUGGUAUCUAAUCCACGGACAUCAUGCCAACUCAUCAAAUUUAUUAACGAUCUAAAAAAAGGCGGGUUGUUUAUCAUGGGCCACGUGGAGACUGGAGACCUGGAUGCGCUCCCUUCAGAUCCCGUGCAGAUUCAUUACAGUUUCUGGCUCAGUCUGGUCGAUAAGCUGAAUGUGAAAGCUUUUGUGGAUCUUACUCUCUGUCCAUCGGUCCGACACGGAACCCAACAACUCCUGCGUAUCACUGGACUGGGCGGCAUGAAGCCCAACAUGCUGGUUCUUGGUUUCUAUGACGAUGCCACCCCUGAUGACUUCUUCCUGCAAGAUCCUGCUUUUGCUCCCGGCCUGGCUCCCCAAGAUGACCCAUUUGGUGUGGAUGCUACAUCGCUGCAGGCUCAUUUUCCACCCGUUCGAGGUCCUGAGACCCCACACCUUCUCUCAGCCAAGGAAUAUGUUGCAAUGAUAUGUGAUGCUCUAAAGAUGCACAAGAACAUAGUGCUUGCACGAGGCUUCCCUUCAUUGGACAGGCCUGAAAAUGCUGGUUCUGGUACAUACAUAGAUGUUUGGCCAUUGGACCUCCUGCGACCUCAGGCUUCAGCGUAUGUAGACGUUUGCAGCCUCUUCCUGCUGCAGAUGGCGUGCAUCCUCAACAUGGCUGCCUCGUGGCGCCGCUGUCGGCUACGUGUCUUUCUUUGUGUGGAAUCCAGGGGAAGUGGAGGCAAUGGUGGGAAUAGCUGGAUUGCGGCUGAAGCCAAGUUCCGUGAGCUUUUGUGCAAAUUACGCAUAUCUGCAGCCAUCCGUGUGGUGGCAUGGAACAGCGUGGCAGCACUCCGUGGCCAAAAUGGUGUAACACAGGGCCUGACACGUGAACCCAUCUCCACAGAGUACCUCACUGCUGCCAACCGUGUGGUGGUAGAAGAGGGUGGCACAGAUUCUGCUGUGCGUUUUUUUUACCUCCCACGUCCACCAGCUGAUGCCUCUCUCCAUGAACGCUACCUGGAGGAGUUGGAGGCUCUGACAGAAGACCUUGGGCCUACAUUACUAAUUCAUGGCCUGACUCCUGUCACCUGCACUGAGCUCUGAUGGAUCUUCACGCCCUCCGCUGUUUGCAGCUGCUCGACUUUCCUGACUUUGGACUAAGGACCAUGUUCUUUUUGAGGCCAUUCAUUUUUUUUUGCCAUUUCUUAGUCAUUGCCACAAAUCCAGCACUAACAUGAGAAAAUCCUGGAUUAUUUGUGUUUUCCGAUACAAUAGGCUAGGCUGAGCUGUAUCUAGGGGUAUUGUACCUCCUUAUUAACUCCUUGUAAUGUAUUGUAAACCGCUGCAACGACCUCUUCUGGUGGCAUUGGGUAGCGUUUAAUAAUUGUAACACAGAAUGUUCCUCUGCCUUUCCUCAUUAGGGGACGUAAGCUAAUAUUACUAUAAGCCUUUGCUUACACACACCAUAAACCCAUCACACUUGGUACAUACGCUAACAUUGCACUUUAACCUUUUUGUUGUUUUGUCCUCUGUCGUUUUGGGGUCAUGUUUGGCCUCUGUCUGUCUGCUUGUAAGAACAGUUCAGGUUUUUCUUCUUCCAUUAGACCCUCUUCAAUGUGGGGGUUCACUCUGGGAUCGGGGUUUGGGCAUUUCCUUUAUUUCCUGGACAUUAAUGCUAUCUGUGUAUUAUGUAACGCAAGCCAAGCACAGCCGGGGCCAGUUCCGUUUCUGAUAUUUAAGAUGAAAAUGUCUUCUUCCUAGCACU